AUGCUGAUUACACCUACGCUGAGGAUGGCUUCUAAGAGAACGUACCAGGAUGCAUUGACUGCAUUAAACUCAUUACAGUCCAAUUAUGCCAAUAUCAUGGCAGUCCGCCAGUCUGGAGACCGUAAGAAUCGGAUGAGUAUAUUAGAGAUGUACGAGUGGAGUCGACGCCUGGGCUACAAAGUAUCUGAUUUCAAUAAAUUGAACAUUGUGCACAUUACGGGAACGAAGGGGAAAGGCUCAACUGCUGCAUUUACGAGCUCAAUUCUUCAACAGUACCAGGACAAACUGACCAAGAUUGGUCUUUACACUUCACCUCAUCUGAGGUCUGUCAGGGAGAGGAUCAGGAUUAAUGGCGAACCAAUCUCAGAGUCCAAGUUCACUGAAUACUUCUUUCAAGUGUGGGAUAAGCUUGAUAAGACCACUUCACCUCUAAAUGAGUUUCCACAUAUGGUCCCAGGUAGUAAGCCUGGCUAUUUCAAAUUUCUUACAUUGUUAUCCUUCCAUGCUUUCAUGAAAGAAGAGUGUAGUUGCUGUGUGUAUGAAGUCGGCGUUGGAGGUGAACUUGAUAGCACAAAUAUAAUUGAAAAACCGGUCACAUGUGGUGUUUCCUUGUUGGGUAUUGAUCAUACAUUCAUGCUAGGCGAUACAAUAGAAGAAAUUGCAUGGAAUAAAGGUGGAAUAUUCAAAAAGGAUGCCCCUGCAUACACAAUUAUGGGCCAAGAACCAGCGGGACUUAAAGUUCUACAAGAAAGAGCCAAGGAAAGGGAAACAUCAUUGACCGAGGUCCCAACAUUUAAACAAUUAGACAAUAUCAAACUUGGGAUUGCUGGCGAUUUUCAGAAAACGAAUGCUUCAUUGGCAGUAGUAUUGGCUUCACAAGCACUGAAUUCAUUAUCCAUUAUAAAGGAAGAUACACCAAUCAACUCAGAUUCUAUUCUACCGGAAAAAUUUAUUACUGGCUUAAAGAAAACCAUAUGGGAAGGUCGUUGUCAAUAUAUCAAGACUGGGAAGAUAAAUUGGUACAUCGACGGUGCUCACACCAAAGAAAGUAUCGAAGCCGCUUCUCGUUGGUUUGCCCAAGAAGUCGCUUCCAACAAUAACAAAAAAAUACUUUUAUUCAAUCAGCAAACUAGAGAUGCUGCAUUAUUAUUGAAAGUCCUACAUAGUGUAACUAAUAAUAGGCUAAAUUUCAGUGAAGCCUUAUUUACCACUAAUGUUACAUGGAAAACAGGCUCCUACAAUGCUGACCUUGUAUCUAUAAAUGUCUCACAAGAACAAGUCGAUAAAUUGGAAGUCCAAAAGGAGCUAGCAAGUGUAUGGAAAGACUUGUCAAGUGAAACUAAAUCAAACAUUUGUGCCAAUAUAGAAAGUGCAAUAAAUAUAAUCGAAGAUUAUGAUAUAGAUGAAGUUGAUGUUUUUGUAACAGGAUCAUUACAUCUCGUUGGAGGAUUUCUUGUAGUACUGGAUAAAUAUAACAACCAAUAA